GGCUAUAGGAAAGGUGUUAUGGCGAUUGAAAUGUAGGCUAAGGUCAAGUCGAAAGCUUCUAUGGGGGUCACCUUUAUGUUUUGCUGGUUUUUAAUAAUCAUUUUACAUUUGCUCCGUGCUCAUAUGUAAGAGUUUCGGUUUUUAGUUUUUCGCCUUCCAACGACGGCAAUUAUGGUUGUCACUAUUUUAGUUGAUCUUUCCGCUGGUCCAUUAGUCAGAUUCGUGAUAUUGAUGCUAAUGCACUCGAUAGUUUUUUUGAUUGGUGAUUGGUAUUUUCCUUGCCGAAAUUUCAGUGCGAUAUGUGAGAUAAUUCGAACUAGACAUGGUUAACAAAACCGACAGUGAUCGUGCGAAUAUGGAGGAUACGGCCAAAAGUUCAGAAUCCAGUAGUAGUGCUCGAAAUAUCGACCAUUAUAAUCCCUCAGUGAGAUUGUUACAUAUACCAAAAGCUGAAAAUGGGUCCUGCGGGUUUCAUCUAUCGAGAAGCAAGUGGGAUCCUUACCCUUGGGUCAGUGCAGUUGACGAUAAUACUCCGGCAAAAGAGAGUGGUCUCAAGGCUGGUGAUUGUGUUCUAGAGGUGAAUGGAGAAGACGUCGUGGGUUUACGAAUCACAGAAGUGGCAAACCUUGUAAAAUGUAAACCAGAGUACGUGACCCUCCUGGUCUGGAGCACAGGAGUUGAUACUGGCUGUAAUCCAGAAAGUAUUUGCUGCGGUCCGAUGCCCUUAAAUUUGGAGAGGCUCUCUGCUUGCAUGCAAGCGAUUCUCAUAGGCAUUGAGUGUCCUGUCUGCAUGGACACUAUUCCUCCGCCUGCAAUUCAAUGCCAUAAUGGUCAUUUACUUUGUGCCAAGUGCCGUAUGCGAUCUGAACGAUGUCCAAUGUGUCGGGAGCGUUACAGCCAUGGACGUUCAUUAAUUGCUGAACAAGUUUACAAUUGCGUAAUGGAUGCAUUCAGUCUAAGAAACACUCAGGGGAAAUUAAGGGAAAGAUUAUUUGGAGCCAAGCGGAAACCAAGCAUAUCCCGAUCCCUUUCGGAUGUUAACAAACACACACGUAUACAAAGUCCUGCAAAUAAGUUUCUGGCGAAAAUCAUGGGUAAAGCAUCGUCUUUGGAUAAUUUGAGCUUCAAAAAGGACCCAUCCAAUGGCCUCGAAGUUAACGAUAUUGUCGAAGCAAAGUCACUUUCCAGCAGUGACAUAAGGCAGCAAGUCGCUGCGGGACUUAUUGCAAUUCCUCGAUGUCCUUCAAAUAAUCGUCUUGGAUUCGAAGGAAACACUUCAGAAAUGCUAAAAGGACAAAUAUUCACCAAGCGACCGACAUCGUCGUUAAAUGUAUCAGCGGAAUACAAUAAUGGGAUCGGUAAUGGUGAUGGUGAACCGUCGUCCUUAGUCAUCCCUGUGCCAAGGAGAAUCGAGGAGAAAAUCUUCUAUUGUCCGGCUGGCGAAGACUGCGGUAAGAAAUUCAACGGACAAUCGCUUCAACAUCAUGUCACUGUAAACCACAGCACACCAAUUGUAUCGUUCGGGACAUCAAGUGCAGAAAUAGCAUUACCACCGAAGGCACCUAUUGAAAAUGCAUCCCUAAUUCUCCAGCUCGACAACAAGCAGUUCUGGAUGAAGCUGAAAGUCGAUAACGAAGGAAGCAUUUUCACAUCGGGCCUUCUACAAGGAGUCGAAGAUGAAAGCAGCAAGUACAUGAUAGAAGUUAAAAUCAGGAAUAAAGUGCGGGAUAAACUGCUCGAACGGGAACUGAUAACGAGGUCAAUUGUACACUCAUUGACAAGAACUUCGUGGAGUGAUGUGCUUGAAAAGAAACUGGGCGUUUUUUAUGAUGCAGACGCCGUAAGAACGACAUUUACCAGCAUCAGCAGCGAAGCAGAGUUAUUAUUAAGAAUAGAUGUUAAGCGCCGACGUGACGAAUAAUGAGAUGACUUUCACCAUCCUGAAAAUAUGCAGUCUAGUUUUUGUCGGGCUUUUAACCUUCGGCACUCAUCACAAAGGAUCUGGAAUAAUGAAAUCAAUUGAAAACCAUUGAACUCUAAACACGCUAACAAGCUCAACUAAUGACGAUAUUAAUAAAGGCUCCACUAAUAGGGGCGAUG